UGAGUACUAUAUUCAGGGGUGCUCAAGAGUUUUUUCAUGCAUGUUUUCUUUCAAUUCAGGGUAAUCGUCCAGAUAUCUCUUUCUUUGCACCUGAUUGUUUUCAUUUGAGUCAAAAAUCACAUUCUCAGCUCUCCAGAGCACUCUGGAACAACAUGCUUCAACCGUUAGGGAAGAAAACAGUUUCUUUUGACUUUAUGGCUAACAUUACCUUGAGCUGUCCAACUCCGUCACAACCUUUCUUGGCAACCUACAACAACAGCAAUUACACGUAUUCACCUCUGGAGCCAACAAAGAAGCCCAAUCAGAACUGGGGUAGUGACCUGUCAUGCCCUGAACAAACACCAUCCAAAGAAGUCCCCACCUCAGUGCACAAGCUGCGGCCAGCUGACAUCCAAGUGAUAGCAGCACUAGGUGAUUCCUUGACGACUGCAGUAGGAGCCCAAGCAACUGGACUGAGUGAUCUAAAAACACCUUGGAGAGGAUUUUCCUGGAGUGCUGGAAGUGACGGGACCUUGGAGAGUCAUACUACUUUACCUAAUAUUCUGAAAAAGUUUAAUCCAAACCUCUCUGGCUUCUCUACUGGCACCGAGAAGGAAACUGCAGGAUUCAACAGAGCAGUGGGAGAAGCCACAGCACAGAAUCUCUCAGCCCAAGCAUUUGAACUGGUAGAGCUAAUGAAAAGCAGUCCGGAUAUCAACUACAAGGAAGACUGGAAGCUAGUCACCAUUUUAAUUGGACGCAAUGAUCUGUGUCAGUAUUGCUUAGACAGGGAGACUUAUUCAGUGGAAAAAUAUGUACAACACCUCCAAGACUCCCUUGAUAUCCUUUACGAAGAGCUGCCUCGGGCCUUUGUCAACGUGGUAGAGAUAAUGGAGCUCACUGGACUGCGUCAGAUAGAAAGGGAAACAUCCGGAUGUGUUCUUUCAGGGGAAAGCCUGUGUCCAUGCUUUCUAAACCCUUGGGAAAAUUCCUCACAACUGCAAGAAAUGCAAAAAGUGAACAGAGAUUUUCAGGAGAGAAGCAUGAUGAUGAUCAAUGGCAGUCGCUAUGACAAGCGGGAAGAUUUUGCCAUUGUUGUGCAGCCAUUUUUCCAAAAUACCAACAUGCCAUUGGAUAGAGAUGGAAAACCAGAUCUGAGUUUCUUCGCUGUGGACUGCUUCCAUUUCUCUGCAAGAGGCUAUGCCAGCAUGGCCACAGCACUCUGGAAUAAUAUGCUGGAGCCAGUUGGACAGAAGCAGUCCUACAAUAACUUUACUUAUGAAAGGUCAAUGCUCACAUGUCCAACCUCAGAACACCCUUUUCUUUUUACAUCAAGGAACAGUGGAUGGCAGAGUUCAGGAAGCACAUCAGAGAACAACAGAGCUGUGGUCCCUUCCUGGGCUGUGAUUGUGGCAGCCAUAGCUGGAAUCUUGGCAGGCUCCCUGAUUGUUUGGGUUUUGAUGGCUCAGCGAGUCUGCAAACACCCAAAAGCAGGCAACACAGCAAUUGAAGAGAAAUCAACAUCAUUUUAAAUUCGCACCAGCAGCAAGAAGCCCUAACAUAAUAUCUUCCUCUGGUGACAUGAGGAGAGCAGUAUGAGACCUUAGCUACAGCUUUACACAGGCUAUUUUUAAAUCAAAUGUUUCCAUCUGAAAGUAGAAGAGACAUUAGUCCAUGCCUACUUGGCCAAAAUCUCAGAAACUGAUGACAGACCAGAGUUUAAAGUAUCGGAUUAUAUAUAAGGAUGUUAUAAACUAAAGCAAAAAUAUUUCAAAUUUAUCAGCAUUACUUGAUUACAAAUAAGAUAUGCCUACUAUAAUGGAAAUAUCAAGAUUAAAAAAUGUUUCUCUACA